AUGACAAAACGUGUUUCGAAAAAGAAAUCUCAUCAAAAUCGAAGGGCGAGUUCUGACGAAACUUGUUCAAGCAACGCAACGUGUUGUCGGAAGCAAACGCAUGUCCCCGAAACCUACAAUAGCAAAUUGGAUGCAGAUAAUUUUGCAUGCAACCAGGCCAUGGGUUCAGAAGAGACAAAUGAAUAUAAAACUUGCACAUUUAAACAAAACAUUAAUUCCCCAAAACCGAAAGUGAAUAGAGGGCAUUGGAGUAAAUUGGAAGAUGAAAUGCUCUUGGCGAUUGUAAACAUAUUUGGCACAAGAAAUUGGGAAAGACACUCUAUCUACCAUCCCACUCGGAACGGCAAGCAGAUGCGAGAACGAUGGCUAUCUAUACAGACAGGCGUCAACAAAGAACCAUUCACACAGGAAGAGAUUGCCAUUAUUUAUUAUAUGCAUGACAUAGAACGUAUAGGAUGGGCAAACAUUGCAAGAAGACUGGGCAAUGGACGCAUGCCAAACUCGUGUAAAAACGUUUAUCACAAUGUUGUGGCCAAGAGUCUUCCAAAAGCUGCUAACAGAUACAAAGAAUUAUACAACGCAAUCACAGCAAACAAGAAAGAGUUGACAGCGAAGGAAAAAAUGGAAAUCAAAUAUCUUUGUCAAUAG